AUGAUCGUCGCAGCCCCCAGCGCCCGGCCCAUUGGGCGUCGGCCUGCGCCAGGGUCGGCCGUGCGCCCGCGGAUCGUCCCCGCCGCCGCGCGAAGGCCGCUCAUCGCCGGCAACUGGAAGCAGAACCCCGCCACGGCCGAGGCCGCCGAGUCGCUCGCGCAGCUGGUCGCCGCCGCGGCGCGCACCUUUGCCCGCGACAGGUCGGACCUGGCGUCCGGCGUCGAGAUCGCGGUCGCGCCGCCCGCGCCCUACCUCUCGCUCGUGCACAACGCGGUCCGAUGGACGCAGGUCCAGGUUGCGGCGCAGAACUGCCACUGGGAGGAGACCGGCGCGUUCACCGGCGAGGUGGGUCCGGGGAUGCUCAAGUCGCUCGGCGUCGACCUCGUCAUCCUCGGGCACUCGGAGCGGCGCAUGCUGUUUGGGGAGACGGACGCUGAGGUCAACCGGAAGCUCAGGGCGGCGCUGGCCAAGGGCCUGCGCGUGAUCCUGUGCGUGGGGGAGUCCAAGGAGGAGUACGAGGCGCAGCUGGCGAAGCACGUGUGUUGCAUGCAGCUGGCCAAGGGUCUGGCGGGGGUGUCUCCAGAGGAGAUGGACCGCGUGGUGAUCGCGUACGAGCCGGUCUGGGCGAUCGGGACGGGCCUGAGCGCGACGCCGGAGAUCGCACAGGCGGUGCACGCGGACAUUCGUGCGUGGCUCGCGGACACGUAUGGACGCGAGGUUGCGGACCGCGUCAUCGUGCAGUACGGCGGAUCGGUGACUCCGGAGACCGUCGACGACCUGAUCCGGUGCCCCGACGUGGACGGCUUCCUCGUCGGAGGCGCGUCGCUCGCCGCCGACAAGUUCGCGCGCAUCUUCUCCUUCACUCCCCCCGGCACCCCCCCCCGCGGCCCGACCGUCGCGCCCCGCGUCGUCAAGGCCGAGCGCGCCCUGGCGACGAAGAACGUCCUCGGGGAGAGCGCCGUGUGGGACGCGGAGCGCAACGAGCUCUUUUGGAUCGACAUUCAGGGCAAGGAGCUGUGGCGGUGGGCGCCGGAGUCGUUCGAGGACCCCAAGUGCGUGCCGCUCGCGGAGACGCCGGGCUUCGUGGCGCUGCACCGCGACGGCGCGCUCGUCCUCGGCCUCGACCAGAGCGGCAUCGUGCGCUACGACCCGGACUCAGGCGCCACGUCGACGGUCGUGGCCGGCGCCGACUUCGAGGCCGGGCUGGACACGCGCCCGAACGACACGCGCGCGGACCGCCACGGCAACCUCGUCGUCGGGAGCUACAACAACGCCCACCGCACGAACGCGCGGGCCCUGGCCGGCCUGUACCGCCUCACGCCGCAAGGGAGGCUCGAGGAGAUCCUGUCGCACCGGUACCGCGUGUCGAACGCGAUCUGCUUCGCGCCUCACGGCGGCGAGAUGUACUUCUGCGACUCCCCCACGCGCCGCGUGUGGGCGUACCAAUACGCCCCCGCGGGGCCUCUCGGGCCGCGGCGGCUCGUGUACGAGAUGGGCCCCGAGCUCGCGGGCGUGCCGGACGGCGCGCAGGUCGACGCGGACGGGUUCGUGUGGGUCACGCUGUCGGGCGCCGCGCAGGUCGUCCGCCUGUGCCCACGCACCGGCGACAUUGACGCGGUCGUCGAGCUGCCGGUCUCGAGCCCGACGAGCGUGACGUUCGGCGGCCCCGGCCUCGCCACCAUGUACAUCACGACGCGCGGGCCGGACGGCGGCGCACUGUACAGGGCGACGAUUCCGGGCGUGCGCGGGGUCGCUGAGCCGACGUACGGCGCUGCGGAGAGCAAGGCCGUCGUGGGGGGCGACCCGGGGGGCAACGCCGGGCCGACGAUCGUGCAGCAGGAGCCCGUCUCGCAGAUGAACGGCGGGCCGACGGUGCUGUAG